CUGGAAAUUCCGUUGGUGUCGUGGCAAAUUGUCCUCUCCUGCCACCACACAUUACCACAUGGGCUGUUUUGCGCUUUGGUUGAGGAGUGCACGCACUGCUGCUUCCGCUGUCCCCGUAUUAUCGCUGUCGCCUCGCUGCUGCUGUAACACCAACGCCACCAACGUUGUCGCGUCCUGCCUUCGAACACCAGCAACACCCCGCAUCGCUGUAACCACCGUUCGCUCGUUCACAAACUUCGGGCUCAGCACAGACCCACCCGCAAAGAAGAAGAAGACCAAGAAGAAGAAGAAAAGCACCAUGCCGCCCAAGAAGCAGCAGGAGUCUGAAGAAGACGGCCCUCUUCUCCUCGGCCGCUUCGGUACCUCCCUCAAGAUUGGCAUCGUCGGCCUCCCCAACGUCGGCAAGUCCACCACGUUCAAUGUCUUGACCAAGAGCGAGGCGCCCGCCGAGAACUUUCCCUUCUGCACAAAGGACCCCAACGAGGCGCGCGUGCCUGUCCCGGAUGAGCGCUUUGACUACCUGUGCGAGCAUUUCAAGCCACCCUCCAAGAUCCCCGCCUUUCUCCAUGUCAUGGACAUUGCCGGUCUCGUCAAGGGCGCUUCCGAGGGCCUGGGCCUCGGCAAUGCGUUCCUGUCCAACAUCAGCGCGUGCGACGCCAUCUACCACGUGGUGCGCGCGUUCAAGGACACGGAGAUCUCGCACGUGGAGGGCGAGGUCGACCCCGUGCGCGACCUGGACAUCAUCAGCAACGAGCUGCGCAUGAAGGACUUGGCCAAGGCGUCGGACCUGGCGAACAACGUGCGCAAGCUGGCGGAGCGCGGCGACAAGAAGAAGAAGAAGGAGCUUGAGAUCUACGAGAAGAUUGAGAAGCACCUGAAGGAAGGCAAGGACAUUCGGUAUGGGGAGUGGUCGCGCUCCGAGAUUGAGGUGUUGAACGAGCACCUGUUUCUCACGGCCAAGCCCGUCAUCUACCUGGUCAACCUCUCCGAGCGCGACUUCAAGCGCAAGAAGAACAAGUGGCUGGGGAAGAUCAAGGAGUGGGUUGACGAGCACGAGAAGAACGCCAUCAUCAUCCCAUACAGCGCGGAUGUGGAGUUCCAGCUCGCCUGCCUCCCCGACGACGCAGAGCGCGAGAAGUUCUGCAAGGAGCACGAGAUCCAGAGGUGUGUCGUGUGUGUGUGUGUGUGUGUGGGUGGGUGUGGGUGUGCGCGCGCGUGCGACGAGGUGCGUGCAUGGACGAUCCAGAAGGGCACCAAGGCGCCGCAGGCUGCAGGAAAGAUCCACACAGACUUUGAGAAGGGUUUCAUCAUGGCUGAGGUCAUGAACUUUGCCGACUUUAAGGAGCACGGAACAGAGGCAGGCGUCAAGGCCGCUGGCAAGUACCGCCAGCAGGGAAGGCAGUAUGUCGUGCAGGAUGGCGACAUCAUCUUCUUCAAGUUCAACGCGGGUGCCGGCCUCAAGGGCAAGAAGUGAGGACACACACACACACACACACACGGCAGGACUGAAGAACGGAGUGGCUCCCGACCAGCCCUUUCUUGUUGGCUGCUUGGCGUCUUCUGCGUGGCAUUUCCAGUCUCCUCCUUCCUUCGUUGUUACAGUGUGGAUGUUUGAUGUGUGUGAGUGUGCGUCUGAGUCUUUGUUGUCUUUCGUUAGUUCAUCCCCUCCCUAUCUUCCACCAACCAAUCAAGCUCCAGUACAACCAAACAAGACGAGA